AGAGGAGGAGCGUGAGAAAGUGGAAGAGGAUAGAGAGGUGGCCGAGGCUUCACCAUGUAGCGUGUGCUUGUGGCGUUUGCACUCAGAUGCAAGCUUGUUGGCAGGAAGAGGGAGGCAAAGUUAAGGAAGAUAACGCGGCAAUCACAGUUAGAUGGAGGCGCGUGGGGAGGAAGGAGGAAUCCAUAGCUUUCUUACGCGUGCCACGGCUUCGUCCUGUGGUGGUGGGGACUCUGCAGCCGCCUCUUCCCGUGCCUUUUAAGAAAGCUCCUGCCUGCCUUCCUCUUCCGGCAGACUCUGGUUGCCUUAUAUAUACGGCAGUGCAGCUGACGCUUUGAAGCUUUCAAGUCAUUGCAGGUUCUAUAGGCUCUGCAUCUAUUUUGUGAGCUUCGCUGCAAGUACGAGCGUCAAGUUUGGAAGAGAAGGCGAUGCGGUGGAAGUGGAUGCAUUCUUCCUCAUCCAAAUCCAAAUCCAAAUCCAGCGACUCAUUAGCGGCUGGAGGACAGCUCUCCAUGGCGAGGAACCCUAACCAUUAUCGGAGCCCGUUGAAUGUCAAUGAGGAGUACAAGAAGACACUCAGAACCAAAUCUUUCCUUGACAUGUGCUCCAAAGUCCAUCAACAGCUCCGGCGAACUGUCUCAUCUAUCGCCUCCUCGUCUUCGGAGGAUGAUGGCAGUGAUGACGACGAUGGCGGUUCUACAGAGGAGAAGCUAGAUUCGAGCCGGCCUAGUGAGUCGUCUCCUCUCCCGUACGCUGACCUCCCGGACUUCCUUCUCGAGCCGAGUCAAGAAUCGCUUGUCGCUGCGACGGCCGUCACUGACGACCGCAGCGCCCACCUCCAAGUCCACUCCCUCCUCCUCGAAUUUUUUGACGUCACCUUACAGGCCUGCACCGCCUGCACGAAUCUUUUGGCCUCCAUCAACCGUACCAGAGUGCACCAUCGGUCGAUCCGACAUCUUCUCUACAAACUAUCGUUUGCUUGUUCUGAUGACAGCGAUUGCACCGCGUUCGACCGUCUUGCUUCCCUCGUCAACACAGAGAAUCCGCUCCAACCACAAAACCUUGCUCACUUUCACUCUGCGCAAUCCGAGUAUACUCGUCUGAUGCAGCAACUCACGGCAGCGCACCGGAGAAUCCUCAGAAGGGCGCGACUUAUCCGUUUGACCAGGAAAGCCACCGGAAUCCUGACCAUUAGCAUCGCCGUGGCAGUUGCACUAGUGAUUGCGGUGCACACAGUGAUCGGCGUCGGGGUUGUGGUGGCAAUAGCUCCGGCGAUAAUGACGACAGCACCAUUGACGGCCAUGAGUUGGGCGAGGGCAGGGAAAGCGAGGUACCUAGAGAAGCUUGGCGCACAAGUAGACUCGGCGGCCAAGGGCGCGUACAUCGUGGGGAGGGACCUCGACACGAUGAGCCGGAUGGUGCGGCGGGUGCACGACGAGGUGGAGCACGAGCGGGAUGUGGCGAGGAUGGUGUUGAGGGACAGGGAGCGGCAGCUCGUGAGGGAGGCCGCGAGGGAGGUGGAGGGCGGGACGGCAGGUAUGGCGGAGCAGCUGAAAGAGCUGGAGGAGCAUGUGUACUUGUGUUUGAUUACGAUCAACAGGAGCAGGAGGAUGGUUGCGCAGGAGAUGACGAUGGGUGCCAAUGCUGUGCCUUCCCCGGCGGCAGCCGAGACAAUGCCAUGACAUUGCUUGAUAGAUA